AUGGAAGAGGACGAAAGGGGCACUGAAAUUGGAAUCCUAAAGAAAGACUUGGAAAUUGGUGAAUCUGGAUCGCGUUUUCGAUUCAUCGAGCAACCCAAUAUCUGUUUGAUUAACAUGAGAGAGGUGGAUGGACAGCUGUCGAUAGGUCAACGACUCGACCGAGAGGAACUGUGUCAUCGCUCACCACACUGCAUGCUUCCGCUGGAUGUAGUCGCAAGUUAUAAUGACAGCUUUCACCUAAUUCAUGUGGUGAUUGAAGUCCGGGACAUUAAUGACCACUCACCGUUGUUCCCUGUCACUGACACUUAUAUUGAGGUCAUUGAAAGCGCGUCUUUGGGAACACGGUUCCCCAUAGAAAUAGCCUCGGAUAAAGAUAUUGGCCAAAAUGACAUCCAAAACUACUAUAUUUCAUCUAACAACCAUUUUAAUAUCAAAGAGCAAACGGAUGAAGGCGGAGAUAGAUACGCAUAUCUCAUGAUAGUUACAGAACUGGACAGAGAGACAGAAGACACUUUUACCAUUUUGGUCAUGGCAAUGGAUGGUGGAAGUCCACCCAAGUCUGGUAUACUGACAGUGCACGUCAAAAUAGUAGAUUUUAACGAUAACAGUCCAUCUUUUGUAGACGACUUUGUCAGUGUGGACGUCUAUGAGGAUAGAUUAGUAGGUGUCUUGAUUUCACAGCUAAAUGCAACAGACCCUGACGAGGGCAAGAAUGGUGAAAUCAUGUUUGCGUUUGCAGAACAUACACCUGCAGAUAUUCAAAACAUAUUCACAAUCGAUUCAUUUACAGGGCGUUUGGUUCUCGCUGGAGAGGUUGAUUUUGAGAUAACUCCUUUUUAUGAAUUCAAAAUUAAGGCAUUUGAUUUAGGACUUAACUCUGUGCCAGCCGUGUGCACUGUCAGAAUAAAUAUAUUAGAUGUUAAUGACAACUUCCCCCUCAUUUUUAUAAAACCGUUCGUGUUUGACAAAGUUGUUUACAUUAGCGAGCACGCGGCAGAGGGAAGUUUCGUUGCUGUGAUCAGCACCAUGGACAGCGACUCUGGGUUGAACGGUCAAGUUAGAUGUUUUUUGCAGGGUCAUGAGCAUUUCAGACUCCAGAAGGCCAACGAAAGUAAUACCCACAUUAUAAUGACAACCACACAUUUAGAUAGAGAAACACAGGAUGAAUACAACCUAACUUUUGUGGCAAUGGACUUUGGAACACCACAGCUAAAAACAACGACGGAAUACACAGUCCGAGUGAGUGACGAAAAUGAUAACACCCCUCUUUUCAAUAAAGUAGUCUACGAAGUUUGGGUCGAAGAGAACAACAUUGUGGGGGCAUUUAUAAUGUCUGUGUUGGCGUUUGACCCCGAUCUCGGCCAGAACGCUGACAUUACAUACAAACUAACAGAUGAUCAGUCGAACACAAUUUUCCCUUCAACACAGUAUGUGUCAAUUAAUCCACUGUCAGGGUCGCUAUAUGCACUGGAGACAUUCGAUUAUGAGCAGAUAAAAGACAUCAAAUUGAAAGUACAGGCCAGUGACAGUGGAUACCCAGAGCUAUCAACAACGGCAUUAGUUUGGAUUAGAAUUGUGGACAAGAAUGACUGCCCUCCAGUGAUAACAUAUCCUCGUUUAGUAAAUGGUGUCGCUUUUGCUUUUUGGGCCACUGAUGCGUCUAGUGAUAUCCCAGUGAUGCGGAUCAAAGCGCAGGACGCAGAUGAGGGACUGAAUGCAGAACUGAAGUUCCUUAUCUUGGAGGACGCACGCAAAUUAUUUGCAGUCAAUGAACGGACUGGCAGCCUGUAUCUCCAAGGAAAACAGUGUAACCCCUCUGAGAAAAUACUACAGGAGUCGUCCUGGUAA